AUGUCCAUGGUGGAACGCGUGCAGUCCAAUCCCUUCAUGGCUGGAAACAUCAAGGUGGUUCCCCGGGAUCGUCAAGGCGAAGGGGCGGAGCCAGCUGUGGCGGUGGACACAGAGCCCUCCAUGGUGCAGACGCCUGCGCCAGGGCGCAAGAGCAUUGUCGACCGGAUCAAAUCCAUCUCUCCAGCGGUUUCCGACGCGGCUUCCAGCGUACAACGUGGAGCUGGGCGCUUCAGGAAGUCAGUUGCUGCGGGCCGCCUCAGGCUGGCCAAGUCAAACACUGGCGGGCUGCAGGGUGUCUCCGACGACGGAGACUGA